CUACCUUCUCACUACGCUCUCCUUUACACCUAGACGACAUGUCAGGACGCGGAAAGACAGGCAAAGUAAAGGCUAAGGCGAAGUCCCGCUCCUCCCGGGCCGGGCUGCAGUUCCCUGUGGGCCGUAUUCAUAGGCUGCUCAGGAGGGGACGCUAUGGGCAGAGGAUCGGAGCCGGCGCCCCGGUGUACCUUGCGGCGGUGCUGGAGUACCUGACUGCUGAGAUUCUGGAGUUGGCCGGGAACGCUGCCCGCGACAACAAAAAGACCCGGAUCAUCCCCCGACACCUGCAGCUGGCUGUCCGUAACGACGAGGAGCUGAACAGGCUGCUGGGGAAGGUGACUAUCGCUCAGGGAGGAGUGUUGCCCAACAUCCAGGCCGUGCUGCUGCCAAAGAAGGCCGAGAAGAAGUGACGACCCCGACCAGACAACUCAACACAAAGGCUCUUUUAAGAGCCACACA